CAUGAAAGUAGGAGUCAUUGAGACCCAUCACUCCCAUACAAUUGCUCCCAACGUGGUAGUGGGAGACAGCAGUGAGGACCCUGGAGCAAUGGACAAAGGGGAAAGCAGGCCAUGGUAUCUGCCUGGUGCACUUGCAAGCUACAACAGUAACAACAACAGCAAUAAAGAUGAGGAGAAGAAAAAGAAAAGAGAAAAGAAGAGCAGGUCAGAAAAAACUAAGGAUGGAGAAACAGGAAAGGCCAAGGAAAAAAAGGAGAAGAGCAAAAGUAAGGAUAAGUCCAAGAAGAAGGAAAGGAAGGAAGAGAAGAAGAAAGAUACUUUCAUCAUCGAUCCGGCAGGGAAUGUGUAUUACAACUGGUUGUUUUGCAUCACAAUGCCUGUCAUGUACAACUGGACCAUGAUUAUUGCUAGAGCCUGUUUUGAUGAGCUUCAGCACGACUACUUAGUGGCAUGGUUUAUUAUUGAUUACAUUUCUGAUGCCAUCUAUGUUGCUGACAUGUUUGUAAGGACAAGAACAGGUUACCUGGAGCAAGGUCUUCUGGUGAAAGAGCAACAGAAGCUUAAAGAAAAAUAUAAGACAUCCUUUCAAUUCAAAUUAGACUUUCUGUCAAUCAUACCAACUGAUCUCUUGUACUUUAAAGUAGGGCUGAAUUACCCUGAAUUACGAACAAACAGACUCCUCAGAGUAGCUCGGAUGUUCGAAUUCUUCCAGCGAACAGAAACGAGGACCAACUACCCAAAUAUCUUCAGGAUCUCAAACCUGGUCAUGUACAUUGUGAUAAUCAUUCACUGGAAUGCCUGUGUCUACUACUCAAUCUCCAAAGCCAUUGGAUUUGGGGCUGACACGUGGGUCUAUCCCAACACCUCUGAUCCCGAAUUUGCCCGUCUGACUAGAAAAUAUGUCUACAGUCUCUACUGGUCCACAUUAACCCUGACUACUAUCGGUGAGACACCCCCUCCUGUGAGAGACUCUGAGUAUUUCUUUGUGGUUCUUGACUUCUUGGUUGGAGUACUGAUUUUUGCUACCAUUGUUGGUAAUGUAGGCUCUAUGAUCUCCAACAUGAACGCUGCCAGGGCAGAGUUCCAAACGAAGAUUGAUGCUAUCAAGCAGUAUAUGCAUUUCCGGAACGUGAGUAAAGACAUGGAGAAAAGAGUUAUCAAGUGGUUUGACUACCUGUGGACCAACAAAAAGGCUGUAGAUGAAAGAGAAGUCUUGAAGUAUCUGCCAGAUAAACUAAGAGCAGAGAUUGCAAUCAAUGUUCACCUGGAAACACUGAAGAAAGUUCGGAUUUUCGCCGACUGUGAAGCAGGUCUGUUGGUAGAACUGGUUCUGAAACUCCGGCCGCAAGUUUACAGUCCCGGAGAUUAUAUCUGCAGAAAAGGAGACAUUGGACGAGAGAUGUACAUCAUCAAAGAAGGCAAGCUGGCAGUGGUUGCUGAAGAUGGAGUUACCCAGUUUGUGGUCCUCAGUGAUGGCAGUUACUUUGGAGAAAUCAGCAUUCUCAACAUCAAAGGCAGCAAAGCUGGCAACCGAAGAACAGCCAACAUCAGGAGUAUUGGGUACUCGGACUUGUUUUGCCUGUCUAAAGAUGAUCUCAUGGAGGCUUUAACAGAGUAUCCUGAUGCAAAGGCUAUGCUAGAAGAAAAAGGCAGGCAAAUCCUCAUGAAAGAUGGGUUGCUGGACAUGGAAAUUGCAAAUCUGGGAAGUGAUCCUAAAGAUCUGGAAGAGAAGGUCACCUACAUGGAAAGAGCGCUGGACAGAUUACAAACCAAUUUUGCCAGGUUGUUGGCUGAGUAUGAAGCUGCACAACAGAAACUGAAAAUAAGACUUACACAGAUUGAGAAAAUACUGAAGCCAGUCCUAAAGCAAGAAUUUGCAGACUUAGAAGCAGCAGAUUCACCCACAGAUAAACCUGGGAUGUCAGAAGUGGGAUAAGCAAACCGCUGGAGGUUGCUGCUAAGACUUAGGGUCAGAUCCUGCAGGAGGCUGAAAACAUUUCUAAGCUUUGUAGGAGCUGACUGUGAAUAAUGAAAACUUAUUUGUUGAGGUAAUGUCACUGAUUUCUGGUAAGCAACACAUAUUUGGCAGGUUUGGAGAAGAAAAUUCAGAAUGAGCAUGGAGGACAAUACCUUCCCCUUCACAAACAGGUGGUACUGUGUGCUGAUGCUUUAUGUACUCUUUCUGUAACACUGCUCUACAGCAAAUGCCUUCCAUUUAGAGGCAGUCAUGUAAAGAGAAAGCAGGUUGGAAGAGAGCUCCAAGCUCAUCCAGUCCAACCUAGCACCCAGCCC